AUGCCGCCAGCAAAGCGUGCGAAACGCGGUGUAAGCAGCGCUGAUGAUGACGAUGAGGAUUACAGAAAAAAACGAGAUAGAAAUAAUGAGGCUGUCAAAAAAAGCAGAUUCAAGUCAAAGCAAAGAACACAAGAAACAUUCACAAGAGUCAAUAAACUUAAAGCAGAGAACCAAAUGCUAGAAGAGAAAGUUAAGACUUUAACAAAAGAUUUGGAAUUUUUGAAAGCACUAUUCAUGGAGUAUGCUUCGAAGUCGGAUUCAAAAUUUGAAGGAAUCGAUCUAGAAAAACUAUUAGCUGAGUCGCCAGAGGAAAAAGCAGGGAAUAACAGUAAAUCUAAAUGA